AUGAAUUUCAGUGAAGAAACUGUCAACUUAACCGACAUCCCGUACGAUUACUUAAUUGGUCAAGCGUUGCUCAUCCAUUCGCCGUACGAGCCGGAUCCGAUUGUCGCUUGGAAUAAUGCGAGUAACGACAGUGCCGUCGUUCAUUCGUCCCAUUUUAGCGAACUGAAUGUCCCGUAUGCCAUGUUCGAGAUAAUUGUUGCUGUUCUCGCGGUAAUUGGGAAUGCUGCGGUCAUAAUUGUGUUCCAACAGGAGAAACGACUACGGAGAAGGACGAAUUAUUACAUUGUGUCACUCGCAUUAGCGGAUUUCCUUGUCGGAUUGCUGGGAAUUCCGUUUGCGAUCAUGGCUUCGAUGGGAUUGCCGCGAAAUAUGCAUGCCUGCUUGUGUACCGUCUCGAUGUUGAUCGUGCUUUGUACGAUUUCGAUCUUUUGUCUCGUUGCCGUUUCCGUGGAUCGGUAUUGGGCGAUACUUUAUUGCAUUUCGUACAAUCGGAAUGUGAGCACGAGAACAGCUAUCAUUAUUAUCAGUAUUUGUUGGAUUGCGGGAAGUAUCGUUGGAUUUUUGCCGCUCUUUGGAUGGCAUGCGGAGUUUAAGCCGGAUCAGGCGUGCAUGUUUGUCGAAGUAAUGGACUAUAGUUACCUGGUUUUCUUGUAUUUUGGGACGAUUGUUACUCCGGCGAUCAUUUUGGCGGCGUUUUAUGCUCAUAUUUACACUGUUAUUCUGAGACAAGUAAGAAAUUUUUUGUCGAUGAACACAAGCGUCCCUGUAACGAAAGAUCCCAACAACAAAGAGCCGAUUCGCGAGUUGCGACGUCAACGGGGCGGCACAAUGCUUCGUGUGCUCGGCGCCGCCCAAAAACGCGAAGUCAAAGCAACACAAAACCUCUCAAUUAUCGUCCUUUUCUUCAUGAUUUGCUGGAUGCCGCUCUACACAAUCAACUGCAUCAACGCAUUUUGCUCAAUGUGCUUGGAUGACGUCAAAUUAACGAAUUUUUGCAUCAUUUUGAGUCACCUGAAUUCCGCUCUGAAUCCCAUCUUGUACGCUUAUCACUUGCGCGACUUCCGAAAAGCCCUGAAAACAUCGAUGAUGCGAUUGUGCGGCAUGAAACUCGACGAACCGGAGCCACGUUACAGGGUUUCACUCGUUAGUCAGAACCGGAAUCUCAUCAAUAACAGCGUGGCGGGACGAUCUCAAUCGCAACCGAGGAUUUUUAUUGGUUCAAAUGUGCGAUUAAAUCCACGUGACUCCCCAUCGCCACGCAAUCGACACUCAACGACAUCAACAACUCGCAUCUCAGCGACUCCCGUGGUCAACUUGACUGUCGACACGCAUUGCAAAAUUUGGCAAAUUGUCGAAAACGAAGCAUCUUCCGACCAUAAAUCGUCAAAAUCAUCAGAACGAAGGUCUCCUUUGCAUCGAAUUCACUCCAUGAAUGACGUUUUCGACAAAGACAAAGAUUACAUCAUCAAUUAUUUUGCUACAAACAACAAUCGGGGCGAAAAGGAAUCAUCUCCAGCUGUUACCGACGAAGGAUUUCACUCGAACGAGCAUGAAAAUGACUCGCAAAGCAACGAAAGCAGCCACAAUCCCAACAAAAAGAAACUUUUAUUCUCAAGUCAUGCUCAAUUCAGUCGAGACUUUAGCUUGGAUGACGACGGCGGCGUCGAGGAAAGCAUCGUCGUGUCCAAUAUCGAACCAAAAACCGACGACGUCACACUUCCGAAGCUACAAAAUGAGCUGUACGUGAAAAUUAGCAGCAACGGAGGCACCGAAAACGACAAGAACGGGUCUAAAUAA